GUGCGAGUGAGACAAACUGAGACCGAGAGCACUGAAAUUUGUGCCACGAAGAACGGAAUUCUCUUUUGGUGCCGCAAUAGAAUCAAACAAUAUUUUGUUGGCUGUGGUGUUGUCAGCAAAUUUAAACUAAUUAGCUAUAAAAAAAAACAAUGGGCUCAGGUCACAGCGUUCACGUACCCGGUGGUGGCACCGAAGGCUACCACGUACUCAAGGUGCAAGACAAUUCGCCUGGCCAGAAGGCCGGACUGGAGGCAUUUUUUGACUUUAUCGUAGCCAUCGCCGGCACCCGGCUCGACCAGGACAACGAUAUGCUGAAGGAGCUGCUGCGCCAGAAUGUCGAUAAACCGGUUCGUGUCACCGUCUAUUCAAGCAAGACACAAACCAUACGUGAGCUCACACUGACGCCCUGCAACAAUUGGGGUGGUCAAGGACUGUUGGGCGUCAGCAUACGCUUCUGUUCGUUUGAAGGCGCCAACGAGAAUGUGUGGCACAUCCUCGAGGUACACCCCAACUCGCCUGCAGAGCUGGCCGGGUUGCGUGCCUACAGCGAUUAUGUGAUUGGUGCCGAUGCCAUACGUCAUGAGAACGAUGAUCUCUUUACGCUCAUCGAGACGCACGAACAGCAACCGCUGAAGAUGUAUGUCUACAAUCUAGAUGAUGAUGCGUGUCGUGAGGUCACCAUCAAACCGAACACUGCCUGGGGUGGCGAAGGAGCUCUGGGAUGUGGUAUUGGCUUUGGCUACUUGCAUCGCAUUCCCAUUCAACCAGUGCCGGCGACAGCAACACCAGCUGCUGCCACGCCAGCAACUGCAGCAGUGGCGCCUCCCCAGGCAGUGCCUUUGGUGGCUGCAACGGCGGCUACAAGCGCAGCCGUUGUGGCACCAACAUUGCCUUAUAUACCACCGCUGGCCAACACUUUCGGUGCGGACGUGCGACCACCAACCAUUGAGCCACCAGCACAGAGCAUAUUCAAGACAUAUUUCAAUCCCGAUGACGCAACAACAGAUGCCUUAAGCACAGCACUCGAAACGCAAGCUGCCAUUACAGACACACCGCCCACGGAAGCAGUAGAAACACCAGCGUUGCCACCACAGCCAGUGCAACCGCCACAGCCUGCAGCUCCAGUUCAGCCUGUGUUGCCUCCUGUAGCAGUUCCGCAACCUGUGCUCCCUCCUGUUGCUGCACAGCCACCUGUGCUGCCUCCUCAAGCUGUGGCCCCACCAGCAAACAUCUACAUACCCGGCGUCUUUGAUCCGAAUGCCCAGCAACAACAACAACAGCAGCAACUCAAUCAAGCGGGUCUAGGCGGCAUUCCCGCAGCCCAAUUACCGUUUCCACAGGCAACAACGGCCACGUUACCGCCACCCGCAGUGCCGAUGUUCUCCAUGGCCUCGCUGCCCCAACAGCAGCAGCAACAGAUCUACAUGUCGGCACCAGCCACCUUGUCGUAUCCGACUGCAGGUGCCGCUGCCCAAACGGUGCCUUCCUAUCCCCAAGUGCAGCCAUCGAUGGGCGGUCUAUUUCCCACGCAGCCAACGCCAAUGCCACCCCAAAUGGCGCACGUCUUUGCACCACCGCCACAGCAGCAGCAACCGCCAGCGACAUCGAUUAGUGGCGAACAGAAUUUAACUGGUGGAGCGAGCAACUAAAGGACAACUUAAACAGCGAUUAUUAAAAAUACCGGACGAACUCUUUACAAAUUGUGUCGUUAAGUUUGACAUCUGAUUGUUUUAUAUUUUAUGAAUUUCUUAUUCUUAUAGCGAAUUAACGAAACGUAAAUGAAAAAUCACGAGUGAA